AGAUCAUUUUGAAUAUUUUAGAGUUUUGAAUCUCCUCUGAGAGCCGGCACAAGCCAGCACUGUCGGAAGGAAUGAGUCGACCUGCCUUUGAGCAGUUCACGGCUCAACCGCCCCAGCCCGCCGGCGAGUUCGUCGCACAACAGCAGGCUAUACAGGGUGAAGCCAUGGCUGCGCAGGGACAAGAAUUGACAAUAGCCAAGCUAGAGAACUCCGUCGCCACGAUGGAAGAACAGCAACUCACAUCCGAUCCUCGAUAUCAAAAAAUGCUGCAGUUGAAAUCUAAGUUGACAGGAGCACCUCCACCGGCCGAACCAGCGCAACAGCCUUCUCCGUCUGUUAGUCAGCAGCAGCCGCAGAUUACUUCUGCGCAGCUGAACCAAUUACGAGCUCAGGUUAGCGUGUACAAACUUUUGGCAAGGAACGAGCCCGUUCCACCUGCGCUGGCGGCUGAAGCAGUUGUGAUGAAAAACAAGCCAACAUCGCUUUUGCCUGAGCCUUACGAAUUCCCUGGUGAAGCGGAAAAUGGCGAGAAAUUGCCUUAUGAUCUCAUGAAGGUUCUAAAUAUACAUCAGCAACGUUGUGCUCGACCGACGUCGCUGCCCACCCCUGUAGGCAUCGAUCCGGCGUCUUUGUUAAAGGAGAGGGAGUACAGGAUACAAAAUCGCGUCGGUUUACGAAUCAAAGAACUGAGUAGUCUUCCGGCUGACCUUCCACCAAACUUGAGGAUCAAAGCAGAGAUCGAACUACGCGCCUUGAGACUGGUUAAUCUUCAAGCACAGGUCCGUAGUGAAAUCAUGAGUGCUUUGCGAAGAGAUACAACCUUGGAGACAGCGCUGAAUCCUUACGCUUAUCGACGCACGAAGAGACAAUCACUUCGAGAAGCGCGAGUGACUGAAAAGCUUGAGAAACAGCAGAAAAUGGAGCAAGAAAGGAAACGCCGCCAAAAGCACACAGAUCUCAUGCAGGCAAUCAUUCAACAUGGACGAGAAUUCAAAGAAUAUCACAGAAAUAACCUUCUCAAGACUCAAAAAGUAAAGAAGGCCGUUAUCACUUAUCACCAAAACAACGAAAGGGAAAGGAAGAAGGAUGAAAUCAAAAAUGAACGGCUUCGUAUGCAGAAGCUUAUGCAAGAGGACGAAGAGGGUUAUCGCGCAUUGCUGGAUGAGAAGAAGGAUCAACGUCUGGUGUAUCUCCUGCAACAGACUGAUGAAUAUGUUGAAAGUUUGUGCAGCCUCGUACGUCAGCAUCAGAAUGUAGAGAAAAAGAGAAAGAGGGAGGAGCGGAAGUUGGAGAAGAUGGAAGAAGGAGAAGCUCGUGUGCAUGUCCGUGAGACUAGCACUGGCAAAAUUCUAACGGGCGAUGACGCUCCGAAACCCGACGAGCUCGAAUUAUGGUUAGAGACACAUCCCGGAUUUGAGGUGUGUUCCGAGGCCGUCCCGCGGGAUCAACUUUCGGAAGAUUCGGACUCAGAUAUCGAGGAAGCAGCACCAGAACCGAAGAAGGACGUUGAUGAAUAUGCUGGAAUGGAUGAGGAAACGAAGGCCCGCCUCAUCCUGGAAAAAGCUAGAAAUGAAGAGGAUGAAUACGAUCAAAAGAAUCGCAAACAAAUGGCGGAUUACUAUGCAACAGCUCAUAGGAUUAAAGAGAAAAUUGUACAGCAACAUUCAACUUUGGGAAGCGAGACGUUACAGUUGAAACCUUAUCAGCUGAAAGGACUUGAGUGGAUGGUUUCGUUGUACAACAACAAUUUGAAUGGAAUUCUAGCUGAUGAAAUGGGUUUGGGAAAAACUAUCCAGACAAUCUCCUUGAUUACAUAUCUCAUGGAAGUAAAGCAGAACAAUGGUCCAUAUCUGGUCAUUGUACCACUAUCUACGCUCUCCAACUGGAACAUGGAGUUUGAGAAAUGGGCCUCUUCCGUAGUCAAGGUAGUCUACAAAGGAAACAAAGAAGCCAGGCGACGGGUAGAAGGCGUGAUCCGGAAGGGAGCCUUCAAUGUGUUGUUAACGACCUACGAGUACGUUAUUCGGGAAAAGGGUCUGCUAGGAAAGAUUCGUUGGAAGUAUAUGAUUAUCGAUGAAGGGCAUCGUUUAAAGAAUCACAACUGCAAGCUGACGCUGAUGUUGAAUGGUUACUUCCAUGCACAACAUAGACUGUUACUUACAGGAACCCCUCUCCAAAACAAGCUUCCGGAGUUAUGGGCCCUGUUGAACUUCUUAUUACCGUCGAUCUUCAGUUCGUGCGGUACCUUCGAGCAAUGGUUCAACGCACCUUUUGCUACUACAGGCGAGAAGGUCGAACUGAAUCAGGAAGAAACAAUGUUGAUUAUACGACGUCUUCAUAAGGUCCUUCGCCCAUUUUUGUUGAGAAGGCUGAAGAAAGAGGUAGAAUCGCAGCUUCCAGAUAAGACUGAGUAUGUAAUCAAAUGUGAUAUGUCAGCACUUCAAAAAGUAUUGUAUAAACAUAUGCAAAAGGGGUUGCUCAUCGACAGCAAACAGCAAUCUGGUGGACGCGCACUGAUGAAUACUGUUGUUCAUCUACGAAAGUUGUGCAAUCAUCCCUUCCUUUUCCAAUCUGUUGAAGACUCUUGUAGAGCAUUCUGGAAGGUGGAUGAAGUGUCAGGACAGGACCUAUACCGUGUGGCUGGAAAACUGGAGCUACUGGACCGCAUUUUGCCCAAGUUGAAAGCUUCAGGUCAUCGUGUGCUUAUGUUUUGUCAGAUGACAACUAUGAUGACAAUCAUUGAGGACUUCUUUAACUACAGAAAAUGGAAAUAUCUGCGUUUGGAUGGAAGCACGAAGCCAGAUGAGCGAGGGCAGCUUCUUGAACUGUACAAUGCACCUGACAGCGAGUAUUUCCUGUUCAUGUUGUCCACUCGUGCUGGUGGUUUGGGUCUAAACUUGCAAACAGCUGACACCGUAAUUAUUUUCGAUUCUGACUGGAAUCCUCAUCAGGAUAUGCAAGCUCAAGAUCGUGCACAUCGUAUUGGACAAAAACGAGAAGUGCGAGUAUUGCGGCUUAUAACUGCAAACUCAGUAGAAGAGCGCAUAUUAGCUGCUGCUAAGUAUAAACUCAAUGUUGACGAAAAAGUAAUCCAAGCAGGUAAAUUCGAUCAACGUUCGACAGGGGCGGAAAGAAGGCAGAUGCUGGAACAGAUCAUUAGAGCCGAAUCGGAAGAUGACGAAGACGAUGAGGUGCCUGAUGAUGAGACUAUCAACCAAAUGAUUGCUAGAUCCGAAGAAGAGUUCAAUCAGUUCCAAUCCAUGGAUAUUGAUCGCAGAAGGGAAGAGGCUGGACAGUUGCACAGGAAACCACGCCUGUUGGAAGAAAAUGAAAUCCCUUACGAUAUACUAAAAGCAUCAGAUGACUUUGCUGAAAUGGAAAGAGCUCAAAAAGAAGGGAUUAUAAAGGAGGAUUUCUCAGCAACGGGAAGGCGACGCAGAAGAGAAGUGGACUACUCGACAGAUCUCAUGUCUGACGAUCAGUGGUUGAAGCAGAUCGACGAUGCGCAGGAAGAGGAGGAACAAGAAGCUAAAAGGAAGAAGAGAAAACGCAGAGCUGAUGACGAAGAAGAUGAUGAAGGAAAAAAACGAAAGAAGGCCAGUCCUGAGGUGAUCGAAGUCAUGAAUAAGGUGUAUGACAUCAUGGUCGGCUUCAAAACUAACGAUGGAAGAGAAAUUGCCGUUCCAUUCAUAGAAUUGCCGACGAAGCGUGAACUUCCCGAUUACUAUGAGGUUGUACACAAUCCCAUGGACUUUGCACGCAUCAAGAAGAAGAUAGACAAGGGGCGGUACUCUACUAUCGAAGAAAUGGGACACGAUGUUAAAUUACUGUGUGAAAAUGCGAGGUUGUACAACAUCGAGGGCAGCGAUAUAUAUAACGAUUCGAUGCUUUUGGAAGCAGUCUGGAUGAAAAUCACGGGUGGUGAUCCAAUGGCACUUUUGAAAGGAAGAAGUGAGGGUCCAAGUGGUCCCAGCAGUCAGAAAGCCGCCGUAGACGAAAGCGAUUCGCGACACACGCCAUCAAAAAGAGAAAAGAUUGAUGAAGACAGCCAAUCUUCCACUUCUAGUCGUAGAAAGUCGAAACCGGCGAAAAAGAAUGUGUCUUCAGAUGAUGAUUCGGAUUAGCAUUUUUCUCCAAUCAUCAUAUGCAUCACAGGUGUUUUGAGAGCAUAUUAAACUGUACAUCUGUUUCAUGUUUUUGAUCACUUGACAUCUGCUGUAGCGUAAAUAAUAAUUGGAGCAAAAUUAGGGUAGGCAUUACCAUGUUCCAAACAAAUAUUUUAGCGCUUAAAAACUGCAUCUCUGGCGUUACUGAUUUAAUUUAUGAGUGAUAAGUAUUGUUUGCUUUGUGUACAUUUUAAUUUAUCAAGUCAUCGUUGUAUUAUUCUGUGAGGUGAUGUUUGUCUGUUUGUGACAACAUGUGGUGCAAAAAAAAAAGAAUUUGUAAAUAGUUUUGUGAG